AUGCAGGCCGACGCCUCCGUGCCGUGGAUUUCACACCUUUUCAGGACGGGCGAGGCGCUCGCGCUGCAGGCGCUCGCGAGCGACUACACCGUCUCGCUGCAGCACGACGCGUGCGGAAGCAGCGUCGAGCACUCUAUCCGCGACGCCGAGGGCGAGAAGCUCGGGCCGUCGUUCCGGUACAAGGUGCUCGGGGUGUUCGGAGUCGAGGGCCGCUGCGUGGCGUUUGCGCCGCACCACACGCCCGGCACGCUUGUUCUCGCCUUUCGCGGCACACGCGUCGACAGCAACGCCGCCUCGAGGCCGGGCCGCGGGCAGGCGGCGCCGCCGUCCGAGGACAUCAAGGCGCUGCUCAACUCGUCGAUGGUGGGCGUCAAGUGGCUUCCGGACGCGGCGAUGCGCGUGCACGCCGGCGUGCACCGCCACCACGCCGACUUGUGGGACGCUGAGCACUCGACGCGCGGCUCCUCCCUCCGGUUGGACCAGCUCGGCGAGGGCCUUGGCGGCUGGCUCGCCGGGCUGUGUGGCGCGGACGCGCCGCAGCAGAUCGUCUUCGUCGGCCUGUCGCUGGGCGCGGCGCUGGCGCAGAUGUCCGCCCUCCGCCUCGCGAGCGAGCAGCCGCAGCUCGCGGCGCGCACCAGCGUCCUCGGCCUGGGCAGCUUUCAGUUUGCCAACGCGGAUGUCGGCCGGCUGUUUGAGUCGCUGUACGGGGAGCGGGCGGCGCAGCUGGUCACCGCUCGCCGCAUGCCCGCCCGCCCUCCGCCGCAGGUCCAGGAGCCGCCGCGCGAUGACGAGGCCCAGGCGGAGGCGCUCGUCGCCGCCGCGGUCGCCGACGCCUCCUCUGGCGCCGCGCCGCGCCGCCGGAUGCGAGGGAUGCGCCCCUCGGGCGCCGGCCGCGCCGCUGCGGCGGAGGAGCCGUCGGAGCACGAGAUCUCCCCAGAUCUCGUGCACUCCCGUGGUACGCUGAAUGCUCGGCUUGCCGUCGACCCAAUCACCGCCGCGUUUGGGGAGACCGUGCCCCUCCACGGCAUCCUGUUUUUGCGCGCCGACGUCGCCGACGAGUGCGACGACGCCUCCGCGCACGAGGCGGCGGCGCAGCCGCUCCCUGCCCGCGCGGGCGGGCUGGUUGCUCCGCCGACGGCGCUCGCCGCGCUCAUGGCUGGGCGGAUGGCCAAGCAGCACGCUCUCCGCCUCGACUACCUGGAGCUUCACCUCGCGCGCCACUACCGUGAAUGA